AUGUUCUCUUUUGUGGCYGUAGAAGGUAAYAUAGGAAGUGGGAAAACUACMUUACUAAAGUAUUUCAGGAAAAAUCCUCUUGUUGAGGUGCUUGAGGAACCAGUAAAAAAAUGGCAAAAUGUUCAUGGAGAUAAUAUAUUGGAUUUAAUGUAUAAAGACCCAAGUAGAUGGAGCUUUAUGUUUGAAUCAUAUGUCCUCUUGACAAUGAUGCAGCUUCAUAAUCAAAAAACUAACUCUCCUGUCUGUCUUCUUGAGAGAAGUGCAUAUAGUGCAUAUUUUUGUUUUAUUGAGAACCUAUAUCAAGGUGGCUUGUUGACCAAAGUAGAAUAUAGUGUUUUUCAAGAAUGGUUUGAAUUCCUAACUAUUCACCAGAAGCCACAACUUGAUCUUAUCAUCUAUCUAAGAACAACUCCAGAUGAAUGUAUGAAGAGAAUUCAAAAAAGGAACCGUUCAGAAGAAACUACAGUCUCUAUGGAUCUUCUUAAYAGCUUACAUGAAAGAUAUGAAGACUGGCUUCUACGAAAAACUAAGUUUUAUUUGCCAGCCCCUGUGGUUGUUGUUGAUGGAAAUCAAAGCUUAGAGGAUCUGUUUAAGUUUUAUGAAUCUAACUCUCAUUCUCUUCUUGGCAUGAAACAAUCUCCCCUUAUUAAUGUCCCCGCUGUAUGAUAUCUAUGUAAAUAUAUAUCACAAUUAUAUAUGUAAAAAUGUAUCAAAAGUUUUGUAAUGCAUUGCAUGAAAAUUUAAAGUAUUAACACGUAACCUUUGAAAUGAAACAAGAUGAAGCAAGUCAAAAAAUCAGUGGUAAUUGGACAUUUUGCGAUGUAUUUUUAUYCUCUUUACCCUGUGUGCAAUUUUUGUUAGAUGUUCUUAAAUUAAGUGCUAUAUUCCCAGUAGAUUCUCUAGAUGCAUAUGUAUAUAUCUUACCCACUAGCAUUUGCCAUUACAUUCUUUCACAUUUUUUAUAAAUUUGACAUUUUACAGGAAAUUUUUUAAAACAUGAUCCCUUCAAUUGUAUAUAAUGACAAAUUAACUGGCAAAACCUUUAAAAGAAAAUGCAAACUAUACUAAAAUCACUAUAUUUUACUUGUAAGAAUGCUCUAUUGUCAGUACUAAUAUACAGUGAAUGAAAAUUAAACAUUUCUUUGUCAUAUACAAUUCAAUCAUUUUAUUUUAUACGAAAUCUAUGACAUGAUAGAAUAUCAGCAUAUUAUAUCCUAUAUUUGUACUGACAAGUGCAUGAAGAAAUCCAUCCCACAAAUAGUAUGGACUACACUAUACUUAUAUAGUAAUAACACUUAAUCUAUGAAAGAAUUCGCAUUAUUAGUACUUUUUUAUAUUAUUUGAUAGUGAUAAUCAUGAAAUUAGCAUCAUCUAGAACAUUUUGUACUAUUUGUAAGUCAUUCCAAAAUUUCAUUAAACUUUGAUUUAUAUUA